CUCCCGGAAACGGGGCCAGACCGGAGCGGCUGCCGCAGGGUGGAAGCGCCGUUCACCGCCAGGACCCUAGGUCGUCCACGGGCCCGUGCUUAAAGAUGAACUCCAAGACCGCCAAGGAUAUAAUUGUUGGGAAGUGGGGCUUGAAGUCGGGUAGCUCCAGAGGUGAGGGUGAGCUCGAGAAGUGCAAGCAGGAGAACGCUGCCCUAAGGAAAUCGAUGGAGGAAAUCGUUAAAGGGAAAAGCAGAAUAACUGAUCCGGAAAGGAGCGUGCUCCUGGAGAAAAUACUUUCCCUUGAAAAAGAAAAAGAAAAGCACAACCAUCUUCUUGGAGAGAAAGACAAAGAAAUCCAAAACCUGAAAGACAGGCUUAAGUCCAAAAACAAGAAUAGUGAAGUCUCCUUAUUACAAAGUCAACUAGAAGAAAAAACAAAAGAAGCAGAAAGGCAAGAUGAGUUAAUUUGUUCUCUAUCAGAAGAAAUGAACCGGUUAACAUGUAGUUUAGCCACUGCUACUGCAAAAUGUUCUGAGCUUGAAAACAGAACUGUGACUUCUCAAGCAUCUCAGGAAGCUGUAACAAACAGCACUGGAUCACCAACUAAUCUUCAUGAAGUUGAAAAACAACUGAAAGAUGCACUUGAGAAAAACCAACAGUGGCUACUGUAUGAUCAACAGCGUGAAGCAUAUGUCAGGGGCCUGCUUGGAAGGAUCUUUGAACUUGAACAGAAGUCAGAAAUAGGUAGCCAACAACAAUCUAAAGAAUUCAGUUCUGAAGGUCAUCUAGAAGAGGAAAAGCAAAAAUAUUAUGACCAGCUGCUACUAACUGCUAAGACUGAUCUUGAGACUGAAAGAUACACUGUAACCCAGCUAAGAUCUGAACUUAACAAAUUCAAGAAGAAGUACGAAGAAACACAACGAGAAAUAAUGAGUUUAAAUACCUUAUUGCAGUCACAAGAGGCUGCUGCAAUCAAGACUCUAGAAAAUGAAAAUAAAAUGAAAGAAGAGAAAGUGCAAAGGUUAAAACAAGAAAAUGAAGCUAUUAAACGACAGCUCAGAGAAGAAAAGAAAAAGUCUGAAGAUUUUCUAUGUCAGGUGCAACUUCUUCGUAAAUUAUUGCUGAAACAGCAGGAGGAACACCGUAGGAUAGCUUUGUUGGAACAACAGAUAUGCACCACAGACUUUGAGAAUAAACAUCUUGAUCGACAGAACUUGCAGCACCAGUUAAAUGAAGUCCUUAAGGAACUGCGUGAGGCUAGAGAGCAAAUAGCCCGUCUGGAACCUCUGAAACUCCAGGAAUCUGGACGUACGGAACUGCAAGAAGACUUGCAAGUUGCAUUUGAAGAGAAGCUGACCGUGUAUGAUGGAAGUCCUUCUCAAAAAUAUUCCAACCUUCUUGAUGAAAGUUUUCUUGAGUGUCCCAGGUGUAAAAUGCAAUAUCCAACAAGUCAGCAUAGAGAAUUACUAGUACAUAUUGACCUUUGUACAGCUUGAGCUCCAAGUGGACUUACUAUGUUUGAGUUACACACAGUCGAUGUGCUCUUCUACAAAGGCAAAAGAUCUUUUUAAGGUUGCGUUUUGGUUUUUUUUUUGCCUCAGAUUAUAUAAAGGACUGCUAGUUUUCUAACACGGUUCCACAAAAACAUUGUAGUAAUUUAUUUAGCCUCACAUGACAGUUUUUGCAAAAAAAUAGCUACUGCAUAUUUGGUUGCCAAUGGAAAUAUUUUUUAGAAAGAGGAAUAUCUUCAAAUAGCAAACUACUGACUUAUGUUUUUUUGCACUAUUAAAAAUCAGAGCAGUGAAAGCACACCUAUUGUGUCAGACUUUAUUUUAAUGUUUGGCAUAUCCGGUUCUUGGCUGGUGAUUCCUAAUGACUGUGCUUGUACCUUAACUGACAGUAAUAGCUGCAGAAGAUUUUUGGCCCUCAUGGUGAACUAUGUAUAUAUAUAUAUAAUAUAUAUUUAUGUACACAAGGGGUAUGUGCAUGUGUGUAGUGUAUGUAUUAUGUAUAAUUAUGUAUGUAUCAUACAUGUGUAAUGUAUCACCAUCUUGAUACAUUAAAACUUAGGAGGGUCAUGUAAGAUCUUAGAUGUUUUCAACAUGAAUCUUAAGAAGCAAUCAUAAGUAGCUUAUUUUCCUGAACUAUAGUCAAGGGUGACUUAGAACUCAUAUAAAAAUGCUGACCAAGGUUUAAGUUCUUCUCAAAAAAUAAAAUGCCUUUUGGAAAACCAAAUUCCUAGCAAAUACAGACUUUCUUGGUACUGGAAAAAGUUUGUAUUUCAAUCUAUGUCAGACAUCACUUUUGAUGUUUGGGUGUAGAAUUAUACUGAAGUAAACUUGCUUGCAUUUCUGCAUUUUAGAGGUUAAAGUUGGGAAAUGUCAGUUAUUCCAUCUGUUACAUUUGACAAAUACCCCAGUUCAAAAGGGCAGUUUUUAAUAGAUUGCUCUAGUGGAUUUGAACUGUCACUGUAUUUUGUUAUUAAUACAGAAAACACGUCAGCAAUAAAUUCUUGCAACAAAUUAAAAAUGGACAAAAAAAAUCCUUUGUAGGUUUGCAAUCACAGUGUUAUCUUCCUUUAGCACUUCCUGUAAACCAGGAUCUGUUGCAAGCAUUUUACUCCUUGCAUCUGUAGUAAAGUCCAACAAGCAGUUCCUUCCACAAAAAUUAAAGUGAGGAAAUUUUAUAAAGAUACACUAGUUAAGAGAAAUUUGCUUCUUUUGCACUUUUAUGAUUUGCUGAGGACUGAAAUUCCUCAGGUCUAUCUCUGCCACAAUGAUUGUGAUUGCUAGGUAAUAUCAGCUCUUUCCAUCACAUGUUGCUGCAAAGCUGUGUGCAUUUACCCCAUUAUGUUCACCCUAAUCUCUGAUGGUUUAACAUUAUUCUUAAAUGUGAUGAUGUCUUCCAGGUUGUUUUCAGUAACUAUUAUAAUAUCAAGUGAUGUUAUUAUCAAUUAAAUCUAGUGUUCCUGCGAAAGAAAAUGUUAAAAGCUAUUAGCUUUAUAUCUGAAAUGUGUUUGCCAAAUCUAUUGUAUUAGCCACUAUCUAUCCACUUUUCAAUUUCACUGACCAUGUCUCAGGCUAAUGUUUGUGUUUGACAAUUUUGCUCAAUUGCUACAGCUUUUUGACCAAAGAUAUGAUGAACUAAUGAGUAAAAAAGAAAUUAUGCUUCAGAAUCUCAAGGUUUUUCUAUGAAAAAAAUUGUUUUAAUUUCAUGUCUUUCUUUUUAAA